AUAGGCAGGUGAGUGUCGGCGUGCGGCGACAGUGCGCGAUUCGUGUGCGACGUGCGAAGAACGCACGCUCGUAAGAAAACUCAAAGAAAAACACAAUCAAGUUCCAACUGGAAGAAGAUCAAACAAAUGUGAAUUGUGAACAUUGCCAUUUACCAUGGCAGGUUAUCAUCAGAUCGUACUGCUUUUCUUCCUGCUCUUCGCGAAUGGCGCUGUAUCGUCACAGAGCGCAUCUAACUCGUCUUCGUCCGCGUCCACGAGCAAUUUGACCAAACGAGACGCCGAUUUGGACGCAGCGGAAGCAAACGGCAAGUUAGAAAUUAUUAAACAGAUCAAGAAAGUCAACGACGAUGGUUCGUACACAAUUGGUUAUGAAGCCGAUGACGGUUCUUUUAAGAUAGAAAGUCGCGAUGUACUCGGUAAUAUUAAAGGCACCUAUGGAUAUAUUGAUGACAAUGGCGACAUUAAACGGGUGUCAUAUAGCAGUAGUAAUGCAACUGAAGGUAUUACUUCGACCAGUGAACCAAUCUCUGUUGUUCAGAGAAUUCCUUCCAAGGCAAACGUUACUCGAUCAACACCUACCACUAGAAGACCUUCGUAUGUCAGUACAACUGGUUCUCCUACAAGUACCAGUGGAGCGGUACAAUCUAUUCCAAGGCGAAGGAUUACCAUGUCGACUACUACUACCAGUGCACCUACUACGACUGAGAAAUACAGUCAGUUUAUUAAGGAUGCAUUGAGUGCUUCCAAGUUGAGUUCUGGCGUUACGUCAACCCCUACAACAGUUUUGUAUGAAAGUUCUACACCAGCUAGAUUGUUAGCUCAGAGUAAACCUUUAGUCAGAGGAACACAAAGCACCCAAAAGGUUACCACUUCAGAGGGUCAACUUCUACGGCCUGAGGUGUUGCUGAAACCAACUGAUAUGCCUCUGUAUAGAAGACUACCUAUAAAAACUACUCUCCUUGAUGAAGAUACUAAACCAGUUACCGAAGAACCUGAAGUGGAAAGAAGUAACGUGCUUAGAAGGCAAUUACCAGCUGUUAAUCGUGAUGAAAAGGUUUUUGAUGCUAGGCAGCACGUGCUCAAUGUUCAACAAGGUGCUGGUGAUGACACCGUGGACGUCUAUAGUGCUUCUGUAACCACAGGCUCUCCAAGACCUUUGUUUACUACGUUAAGACCAAGAUUAGUUACAACAACUGUAAAUCCAUUACUUCCUAGAGGUACCCCUACAAUUAGGUAUCCGACGUAUCAAAGAGCUCCAGUUACUCGAGCGCCUCAAACACCAGCACCAACUACUGAGUACCCACAAGAAUCAUCAACUGAACCAUCUGUAACUGUAAGUCCAGUGCCGGUUGUUCAAAUACCAGCAAAUGCUGGUUCAGCUAAUGCAGAGGAACCAAUUCGUCAGCAAUACGUAGAACUGCGCCAUCCAUACCAUCGCGGAGCAAUUUUAGUACCUGUAAAUCAUAUUCCACGAAGGCCUGUUGCUGAAGAUCAAAUACAAUAUCAACAAAUUCAACCACUACAGGGUGAUCCCAGUGAACAGGAACCUGUGUACCAAUACAGACGCGUUCCUAAAUUCAGACCAAUUCCAGUUCAUGUUGAUGAAAAUGGGUUUAUACGAGAAUACUCAACACCAAAUCCAUACACAGUCCAAAGACCAGUCACUAUUGCUCCGGUACACGUUCAAGACUUAAGACAACAACAACAGGAACAGCAGCAACAACAACCUUACAUAAGUCAAAAUGACAUUAUUAACGAAGUUGACUCUAUAAAACCGCCUGUGUCCACAAGGGACUUCCAAAAGCUUCUAGAACAACUUAUUUUAAGACAAAGCCGAUUAGAAAAGAUCAGCGCAUUGACAAACCCGCAUUUCUUCAGACAAAGGCCACAAUAUCAAGAGGUCUACCAGCAACCACAACAACAUCUUCAACCUCAUCAUCCGCAUCCCAAUCAAGUGCAGUUUGUUCCCCGCACCCAAACACAAACAGCUCAACCUCAACAACAACACCCUGUUAUAGUCCGUCCUGCUCCUCAACCACUGGAUGAACAUCCAUACAACCAAUAUGCUCCAGUAACAUUCACCCCUGCUCCAGCACGAUCUGGAAAUCAACCCAAUUACCAUCCAACUAAACGAAUGGUAAGACCUGCUCCAGUUCACCUGAACCAUAAUCAGCAUCUUCAUCAAGAGCAAUCUGAUGAUGAAUAUCUCCCUGCCCCCGUAAGGGAGAUGUUAUUGCUGAGAAUGCUUCAGUUGGCCAUUAAUCCAUCACUACCAUUAGAUGCGAUGGAUAAUAUAGAAUCGGCAACCACGCCGCUGCCACAGAAGAAUGUUGUGAGAAAUGCUGUAAGAAAUGUUGAGAUUUUAGGUGAAGCGGAAGAUGAUAAAAGGCCCAGCAGGACGAAGAGGUAUAAACAGGUUGAGUUUGAUUAUUAUGACUAAUUAAUGAUAUACUACUAUUAAAAUACCGAAAGUAAGUGAUGAAAAACAAAUUAAUUAAGUGAUCUUAAUUUGAAUUUGACAGUUACAUCACAUAGUAAAACUUAAAUGUUGAUUGUCUAUAUGCCAAAGAAUGAAGAGGCGAUAAUUUUUAUUUUUGUGAAUUAAUGUAAAUAUUAUUUAUUAAUUUUUAAACACACGAAACAUUUUCCAAGCAUUUCCAAAGAUUAUUUUAUUGUCUUGUUUGCGUAUCUGUUUUUAUUGAUUAUUUUUUACAAUUAUUUUAUAUUCUUUGUAUAAAAUUAAUUACAAUAAAUCGAAAGGAUUUGAA